UGGCACUUUGGCCAUGGGUCAAACAACAACAUUGGAUGCCUAUUUAGCUUGGUAUCGGACAAUUACAAAGCUUAUUAUCACUCCGCCGGACCAAGAACGUCUUCAACUAAAUAUCAGUCCGCCUCUAAUGAGUUUGUGCUUUCUGAAACAGUUGCCGAGGUUGUGAGAACGUGCACUCGUGUGGAAGAGUCUACUUCCGAUUUGCCUGUUGACAAAGCUUUGGAGUUGGCAUUGCACACCUUACAAAGUCUAGCAAGUUCCUGCACCGAGACCUUGCAUACAGUUGGCAAAGCAUACAUGCUCCAUGAUGUAGGUGUCACCACUCAAUCAACAUCCUCAUUAGGUAUCCUUGCUUCUAGGCCACCACGACACAUCCCUAAUACUCCUACUCCUGCUCCUACUAAUACUUCUACUGUUGUCACUCCUUCUACUGCUGCUGCCACUUCUACUACCACUCCUGCUGCCACUUCUACUCAAACUGCUACUGCCACUUCUUCUGCUGCUACUGCCACUCCUCCUCCUCAAUGUACUCCUUCUAUUUGUCCUCCUACCUCACCACUUACUUCUCCCAUAUCACCACAUACUACUCUCAGCCCAUCUUCAUUCUCUUUGAAUUACGAGUCUUCUCCUCAUCAAUCUUGUACUCCCCAACUACCAUUAACAUAUGUAAGACGAUCACGCACCUUGAGUUCUACUAUUUCACAGCUAUCACCCAUUACAGACGUUAAUGAAUCUGCAUUUGGAUCAUCGGAACAUCAUUCAAAGAAGCAGCGUGGAUCCUAUGUGUUAGAUAGCUAGAAGCAAUUUUUUGGUCUUAAAUUAUAUGUAAAUAACAUUUUGUUUAUAUUUUGAUGAACAUAUGUUUAGUUUGUGUUGGAGAAAUGCAUUAGGACUUUUGAUAUGUAUAUAAUAAACUGGAUAAUCUUUGCUAUUAACUUUGUCUUGGAUGAAUGCAUAUUUGUUGGUUUGUCACA